UGCUCUACGGUUUCCCUAUUGGUCUCCUUGUCGAUAUGUCGCUGUGGGAUUACUGCGUUGUCACUUACACGCACGACGGUGUGUCCCAAGUGAACACAAUAAGCAGCAGAUGGCUGUUGGAGGACGGGCAGCAUGCUCUUUUGCCCAACCUUCCACUGUUCGAUUACCACCAGGCGGUGCGGGAGCACAGAUACCCCAUAGCUGAUUGCAAAAUGUUUCCAGUGAUGGUACUUCAUCGUACAGUGCAUUUCGAGGACGCACGCCGACUGGAAAGUACCGUCGGGGAUCAACGUCAUGGGACGGACACCGAUUGCACCAUCCCCAUGCAAACAUCACCGAAACGAGUUAUGUAAUGCGCUACACAUUUGAUAACGCAAUGCAUUGCAGACGCCUGCCGGCGAAACUUCGUGAUUACGGGGAUGAUAAUGUACCGACCAGAAAAAAACGGUGCAACGCUCCUGCAUCUGCAACCUAUGGGAGAUUUCCUGAAUUCUCCUUGGAGGACUUGGCGCGGCAUACCAUGCCUCCUCAGAUUGCUGAUGACGUCCAGGAGGAUUCCCACAUGCGUGGAUGUAAUGAAGUAGCCGUUCAAACGGAGGGUAUGAAAUGCUGCAGGUGUCAUGAAUCUGACAAAAGGGUCAUGCACACUUUGCACGCUGUGGUCGAUUCACUUAGACGCGUGGAGGAGACCCUUCACGUAUUGAAGGAGAGCCACGCGGCCAUGAGCCAGGCCAUGUGGACUGCAAAACCAAUGCAACCUAAUGAAUUAUCUCUACCUACCUCAACUAUUGAGGAAUUCAUGGACUUAGAGGGUAAAUUGGUGGACCCAGACCUCCGUCGAGAACUGACUACCCGCAUGAACUGUACACCCGCCGGCACGG